AUGGUGAGUGCCCAGCAGUGCCCAGCUCCAGCCUCGCCCUGUGGAGCUGGCGGUCAGCGCCCAGCAGCACCCAGCUCCAGCCUCGCCUUGCGGAGACCGUGGUCAGUGCCCAGCAGCACCCAGCUCCAGCCUCGCCCUGCGGAGCCCACGGUCAGUGCCCAGCAGUGCCCAGCUCCAGCAUCGCCCUGUGGAGCUGGCGGUCAGCGCCCAGCAGCACCCAGAUCCAGCCUCGCCCUGUGGAGCUGGUGGUCAGUGCCCAGCAGUGCCCAGCUCCAGCCUUGCCCUGCAGAGCUGGCGGUCAGUGCCCCGCAGUGCCCAGCUCCAGCCUCACCCUGCGGAGACCAUGGUGAGUGCCCAGCAGUGCCCAGCUCCAGCCUCGCCCUGUGGAGCUGGCGGUCAGCGCCCAGCAGCACCCAGCUCCAGCCUCGCCCUGUGGAGCUGGUGGUCAGUGCCCAGCAGUGCCCAGCUCCAGCCUUGCCCUGCAGAGCUGGUGGUCAGCGCCCAGCAGCGCCCAGCUCCAGCCUCGCCCUGUGGAGCUGGUGGUCAGUGCCCAGCAGUGCCCAGCUCCAGCCUUGCCCUGCAGAGCUGGUGGUCAGCGCCCAGCAGCGCCCAGCUCCAGCCUCGCCCUGCAGAGCUGGUGGUCAGCGCCCAGCAGCGCCCAGCUCCAGCCUCGCCCUGUGGAGCUGGUGGUCAGUGCCCAGCAGUGCCCAGCUCCAGCCUUGCCCUGCAGAGCUGGUGGUCAGCGCCCAGCAGCGCCCAGCUCCAGCCUCGCCCUGUGGAGCUGGUGGUCAGUGCCCAGCAGUGCCCAGCUCCAGCCUUGCCCUGCAGAGCUGGUGGUCAGCGCCCAGCAGCGCCCAGCUCCAGCCUCGCCCUGUGGAGCUGGUGGUCAGUGCCCAGCAGUGCCCAGCUCCAGCCUCACCUUGUGGAGCUGGCGGUCAGUGCCCAGCAGUGCCCAGCUCCAGCCUCGCCCUGUGGAGCUGGCAGUCAGCGCCCAGCAGUGCCCAGCUCCAGCCUCGCCCUGCGGAGCCAGUGGUCAGCGCCCAGCAGCAUCCAGCUCCAGCCUCGCCCUGCAGAGCCAGCAGUCAGUGCCCAGCAGUGCCCAGCUCCAGCCUCACCCUGCAGAGCCGGUGGUCAGCACCCAGCAGUGCCCAGCUCCAGCCUCACCCUGCGGAGCAGGCGGUCAGUGCCCAGCAGCAUCCAGCUCCAGCCUCACCCUGCGGAGCCCACGGUCAGUGCCCAGCAGUGCCCAGCUCCAGCCUCGCCCUGUGGAGCUGGCGGUCAGUGCCCAGCAGUGCCCAGCUCCAGCCUUGCCCUGCAGAGCUGGUGGUCAGUGCCCAGCAGUGCCCAGCUCCAGCCUCACCUUGUGGAGCUGGCGGUCAGUGCCCAGCAGUGCCCAGCUCCAGCCUCGCCCUGUGGAGCUGGCAGUCAGCGCCCAGCAGUGCCCAGCUCCAGCCUCGCCCUGUGGAGCUGGUGGUCAGUGCCCAGCAGCAUCCAGCUCCAGCCUCGCCCUGUGGAGCUGGCAGUCAGCACCCAGCAGUGCCCAGCUCCAGCCUCGCCCUGCGGAGCCAGUGGUCAGCGCCCAGCAGCAUCCAGCUCCAGCCUCGCCCUGCAGAGCCAGCAGUCAGCGCCCAGCAGUGCCCAUCUCCAGCCUCGCCCUGCAGAGCCGGUGGUCAGCACCCAGCAGUGCCCAGCUCCAGCCUCGCCCUGCGGAGCGGGCGGUCAGUGCCCAGCAGCGUCCAGCUCCAGCCUCUGCAGGAUGCUUCCCGCCUGGUCCCCAGAUCGCACAGCCCUGCACCUGUCGGGCGUGGUUGCUCACUCCUCGGUUCCUCCCCCACCAGGUCCCUUCCACAGCCCCAACCCCAGCCCAGGCAGCAGGCUGUGAUUUCUAUGGACAGAUGCCUCCUCCAUCUUCCUUAUCCCUACCCCAGGUUCCACCACCUUAACCCCCAAGCCCACACCCCACUCGUGUUCCCUGCACCUGGACGCCGAGCCACUGCAGAUCUGGCCUCUGUUCGCAGUGGACCAAGCUCUUCGAACACCAUCAGAGCGGCUGUGCUCCCAAGCCCACCCAGGUCCCCCCAGGAUGGCCACGGAGCCUCCCUCUCGUCCCCGGAAAGGCUGCUCACCCCGGGGUCCUCUGCACCUGCUGCCCCUCUCUUUGGACCAACCCAAGGAUCCUCUCCACAGAGAUGCCCUCCCACAUGGUACACACGGGCCAGCGCCCAGCGCCCAGCACCCAGAGCCCAGAGCCUAGAGCCCAGCGCCCAGCAUCCAGAGCCCAGCACCCAUCAUCCAGAGCCCAGAGCCUAG